UCUUAGUCUUAGUGCCUACUCUGCCUACUGAGAAAGAUAAGACAAAGUGCGUUCAAAAGGAAAAGCAUAAAGGGCGAAAAAGAAAACAAAACAAUCAUAACACUUCCUCCAAAACCAAAAUUGGCCACAAAAUUGCAUAAUCUAAUGACCUCUCCCAAGUCCCAACUACCCACCAUUGAAAUUCCGCUCAUCUUUCAUUUCUUCCCUUUAAAGAAAGUUUCACUUAUGUCCCAGCAAUAAGCACACACAAGCAGUAAAUCAGCCAACCCAAAGAAGAAACCAUUUCAGGGAGACAUCCAUAGCCAGUUACAGUCGCCAGAGAGCUCCGAGCACAAAAUGCUAAAGCUCCUAACUUUCCUCCAUAUCCUGUCCCUCUCCCUCUUUCUCCUCCAACCCAGUUCCCCAUUCUGCAAUGGGUUCCCAGAUUCGGUAGUUGAAAGCGGUGAGCUCCACGGCGGCGGCGUUGUUGGCGGUGGCUUAUAUGAAGAAGAGGCGGAGAUGGAGUCGGAGAUCAGCAGGAGGCUGAUGCUAAUGCAGAGGAAGUACAUAAGCUACGCGACGCUGAAGAGGGACAUGGUCCCUUGCGACAACCCAGGUGCUUCCUACUACGAUUGUCACCCUCGUGCCGCCAACACAUACAACCGGGGUUGUGAAGUCAUUGCCAGGUGUAGAGGAUUCUGGGAUGGUUUUGCGGAAUAUGGUCUGCAAUUUCCUGGGUUCGUGUUCCCGUCAGCAGGCCUGUGAUUCUGCAUUCUUGUGUAUCAAUUCAAUCAUCGGCUAACGGUCAACACGGCAUGACUUUUUGGGAUGAAACUAAAGGGCCUUGGUGUAGUUUCACUAAUCUGGAAGUGCGACUCUGAAAAGAUUCCUCCUUUUCUUUUAUGAAGCCCCUGCUACGAUUG